ACCUUUGGUUGCCAGGAAGUAAACUAGUGUGUGUGCCAAGCUGGAAAAUGAAAGCACAAAACAUCUUCAAGCAAAAAUAAUCGAACGAAAUAAUCGCGCUUUUGAACUCUAUUUUCAAGUUAUAGCUAGAAAACUGGAACGUAUCAGCUUUGGACAUGGAGAAGCAUGGAAGAAGUCAACCAUGGGGGAAGUUAGUAAAGGUGGACACUGAAUCUGAAGUAUUGCUUGUCAACAGGGAAUGCACUGUCGGGCGAAGAAAAGGCUGUGAUCUUUCCUUUCCUGCUAGCAAACUGGUCUCAGGGGAUCACUGUAAGAUAGUCCAGGAUGAGAGCUCAGGGUUGGUGUGGCUAGAGGACAUGAGCACCAAUGGUACAGUGAUUAACAUGUCCAAGCUGGUGAAAAAGCAGAUUCAUAUGCUGCAGAAUGGAGAUGUCAUCUACUUUGUGUACAGGAAAAACGAGCCAGAGCAAAACAUUGCCUACAUAUAUCAGUCCAUAAAAGCAGAGAGGACAUUCUCACAAGACUCAAUUGGCGGUGCCACCAAAUGCUCAGAUAUGCAGCAGAAAGCCCAGCCCUGCCCUGUUCCAGCAGCAGUGUCUGUGGAGCCAUUCCUGGUUGGACCUCCACGGGAGCAGCAGGCUUUAGAGGAGCCCCAGCCCUCAACCUCCUCCUCCCACCUCCUCCACACGUUCUCCCCCUCCACAGAAUGUUCCUCUGCAGCCUCCCUCCUGCACUCCUCUGCCUCAGGUUCUGAGGGUCUUGAAUGUGCUGCGUCCUCUGUAGGCAAGGCUGAGGAGCCCAACUCUUACCUCCUCUGCUCAACAAAUGCACGACAGACUGAAGCCCAGAGCAGAGUCACAAUGCUGGAUAAGGAAGAGGGGGACAUGGAGCCAGAGAGAAAGAAGAGGAAAACUGACAGUGCUGAUAAGAACUAUGAUUUUGGACUGCCACAUACUUCCAGUAUUGAGGUGGUGGGCCCGGGCCCAGCUAAGGGAACUCUUAUCAGGGAUCUGUUGGGAAAAGCUGCUGUGACUGUGGAAGGAGCCAAGACUGACAAAAUGGAGGAGUCGCUCACCUGUAUCAUCUGUCAGGACCUACUUCAUGACUGUGUCAGCCUGCAGCCCUGUAUGCACACCUUCUGUGCUGCGUGUUACUCUGGCUGGAUGGAGCGUUCGUCUCUCUGCCCCACCUGUCGCUGCCCCGUAGAGAGGAUCCGCAAGAAUCACAUCCUCAACAACCUGGUGGAGGCCUACCUUAUCCAACACCCAGAGAAGUGUCGCAGUGAGGAGGACCUGAAGAGCAUGGACAGCCACAACAAGAUAACCCGGGACAUGCUGCAGCCAAAGAUUGAGCGUUCCUUCUCUGAUGAAGAGGGCAGCUCUGAUUAUCUCUUUGAGCUCUCUGACAACGACAGUGACACCUCUGAUAUCAGCCAACCCUUUGUGAUGUGCAGACAGUGUCCAGGCUACAGGAAGGAGGUCAGCCAGGUACUGUGGGCCACAGGGCCAGCUCCUCUAGGACCAGCCCCACCAACUCCUGAGGACAGGGCUGGGAAACCCCCUGGAGAGGGGCCAUCAACAUGCUCUGACCUCCCAACUACAGCUCCUCCGGAGUACACGUGCCCUCCUCGGGGCAGCCAUGUCAUCUGCACCUGCUGCCUGCAGCCCAUGCCAGACCGCCGCGCCGAGCUCAUUGGCCAGCAACUCUCCGCUCAGCAAUGUGUGACGUGCCAACAGCCCUUUUGCCACAUGUACUGGGGCUGCCAGAGGAUCGGCUGUCAGGGCUGUCUAGCACAUUUCAAUGAACUCAACCUUACAGACAAAUGUCUGGACGGUGUUCUGAACAGCAAUAACUAUGAAUCAGAGAUCCUCCAGAAUUACUUGGCAGCCAGAGGGAUGUCGUGGAGGGACAUGCUACAGGAGGGUCUUCGGGGCCUGCAACAGGGAACCUUCUAUCUCUCUGAUUAUCGCAUCAACAGUAACGCCAUAAUGUGUUUCUGCUGCGGCCUGCGUGCCUUCAAGGAGCUGGCCUACAAAUACAGACAGAACAUCCCUGCCUCGGAGCUUCCAGCUGCUGUGACGUCUCGGCCUGACUGUUAUUGGGGACGCAACUGCCGUACUCAAGUAAAGGCACACCACGCCACGAAAUUCAACCACAUAUGUGAGCAGACCCGUUUCAAGAGCUGAAGAGCCUCGUGGGUGACCUGCUAUGCAAGGCUCCUAUCCAAUCACUGAAGCGAAGACUGACUUCCAAUGAUCUCCUGUAUUACUGUCUGUCUCUAUACAAAGGGAUCGUCCCCCCCCCUCCCCCCUUUAUUAAGAAGCUUCUUGCCCUGAGGAAAGGUAUCUCUCUUAGGUAAUAAUUUCUAGUUCUCUCACAGGCUCUAUAGACUUUACGUAUUUGAUUAUAUGCAGAAAUUACAAUCAAACUCUUUUGAGAAGACUGGCUAGGUCAUGAUUAGCCUAGUGUUAUAGGUAUAGUAGGAGUGAGUGGGAUAAUGCUAAGGUCAGUAGGACCUGAUUCCCCUAUAUGAUGAUCAUAGACUAAUAUCUUAUGAGGAAUAUGGUCAUCACCCUUUAUUACAUUAUCAUGUCCUUUUGGGUACCUGAUCAUAUGACUAGUUUGGUGAGGGAUAAAAAAAAUACACCUACUGAGAACAGUUGGCAAUCAAAAUGGACAUUGGCCAUACAUGUACUGUUAUACACAGGAUGAAAUGGCAUCUUUUGUGACAGUAGCUUAUAAGGCACAUAUUGAUAUUAGUAAGCUGUUGAUACCUUUUCUAUUUCCGUGUGCCUGAGUAGUUAGCACAAAAAAAAGAAAAGGAUCAAUUGAUUUUGUUUUUCUCUUAACUUGUGGUGUAGUGCUUUAGAUAUCUUGGAGAAUUAUGUAUUUGAAUUAGAAUCUAGAGCUUCCUACUUUUUCUGUGAAAAUACUGCAGCGAACUGUGUUAUAAACAUCUAAAUAGUAUUCAUAUGUUGGAACCUUCCCCCAAACAAACUAGGUUGAAUCACAGCUAUGUUGUUUAAAGACUUCUAUGCAUAUACAGACUUUGAGGUUUCUUGUGAUUUAUAUGGAUGACAAAGAUAUUCAGUGGGACCAUUUUGAAUUCAGACAGUUGCUGCUUCCACAUAUUAAUAAGACUUCUAACUGGAAAGACAAUGCAAUCUGUAUUUAUUGGAAAAGGGAGGUUAUACUUAGUUUUGUGAAAAGGGGAUUUCUGCUGGGUUUCUUUGUGGAUUUCCUGACCAGGGCUAAAAGCCAUGUACAAGCUGAGCAUUAUAGGGCUGAGCGAGAAUCCAUGGAUAGUUAGUUGUACAGGAUUUCAGUUCUUCAGGCAGGGAUAAUAAGGGGUAAGGGUUGAAAUGUUUUAUCUGAGGCUGGGAAAGGCGGGAGUGUAGAGUUAUAUGCUUUGCCUGGGAUAAUCAACGUAAAUCUGAUUUUAAAGUAGUGUAUUAGAGAACUAGUAGUAACGGCCAAUGCAGUUUCUUUGUUAGAAUGCACAAUGGUUUGCUAGACUAGAGGGUUCGUGGGGUAGAAUUGUUCCUCCUUUUUGCAUUAUAUUAGGUUAGUGGUGUUGGCUAAACAUGUUGAUUUAAGCCAACGACUUGAUCCAUACUGGUUGUAUCAUACUUGUUAGUAAGGAUUACCAUUCUGUAUUGUUUUGCAAGACCAAUUUCGCAGAAACCACCCAACGUUUUCAGGAAUUCAUGUGUGUCAAUGUUAAACUGACAGUAUUAUGAA